GGGAGCGCGGAGGGGGCGGGCCGGGCGGCGGCCUCUGGGGCGCGCUGAGUCUCUGCGGUGCCGGUGUUUGUAAGGCGCCCGCAGAGCUAGCGGCUGAGGCGGAGGCAGGCGGUCGGGAUGCCUGGGCGGCCCACCAUCCCGGAGCAGGGGAGCCCGGAGCGGAUCGCGCCGCACCCACACACAGGCUUCGUGCUGGGGCUGGACGUGGGCAGCUCGGUGAUCCGCUGCCACGUCUAUGACCGCGCAGGGCGGGUCCGUGGCUCCAGCGCCCAGAAGGUAGUAAGUCUUUGUCCUCAAAUUGGCUGGGUUGAAAUUGAUCCUGAUGUUCUCUGGCUUCAAUUUGUUGCUGUAAUAAAAGAAUCUGUCAAAGCUGCAGGAAUAGAGAUGAAUCAAAUUGUUGGCCUUGGCAUUUCAACACAGAGAGCAACUUUUAUUACGUGGAACAAGAAAACGGGAAAUCAUUUUCACAACUUCAUUAGUUGGCAAGAUUUGAGAGCUAUUGAACUUGUAAAAUCUUGGAAUAGUUCUCUUAUAAUGAAGCUAAUACACAGUUCCUGCCGAAUGCUUCACUUUUUCACUAGAAGUAAACGAUUUUUAGCAGCCAGUUUGUUCACUUUCACAACCCAGCAUGUUUCUUUGAGAUUAGCCUGGAUUUUACAGAAUCUCGUUGAGGUACAAAACGCAAUUGAAGAAGAAAGUUGCUGCUUUGGGACUAUUGAUACCUGGUUGUUACAUAAGCUCACAAAAGGUUCUGAAUUUGCCACGGAUUUUUCAAAUGCCAGUACCACUGGACUUUUUGAUCCAUAUGAGAUGUGUUGGAGCAGCUUCAUUACUUCUCUGCUUUCAAUACCACUCUCUCUCCUGCCUCCUGUGAGGGAUACUAGCUUCAAUUUUGGAUCAGUGGAUGAAGAGAUAUUUGGUGUGCCUAUACCAAUAAUGGCCUUGGUGGCUGACCAGCAGGCAGCCAUGUUUGGAGAGUGCUGCUUCCAGACAGGAGAUGUGAAGCUGACCAUGGGGACUGGGACAUUUCUGGACAUCAACACUGGAAGUUACCCUCAACAGAAUGUUGGAGGUUUUUAUCCAUUGAUUGGGUGGAAGAUUGGACAAGAGGUUGUAUGCUUAGCUGAAAGCAAUGCAGGAGACACUGGUACUGCCAUAAAAUGGGCUCAGCAAUUAGACAUUUUUUGUUGUUUGUUUGUUUUUAUGUUUUCAGAUCUUUUUACCGAUGCUUCUGAGACUGAAAAAAUGGCCAAAAGUUUAGAAGAUUCUGAAGGGGUUUAUUUUGUUCCAUGUUUUAGUGGUUUGCAGGGACCAUCAGUUCCUGACAGCACUGACAUGUCCCAUCAUGACCUUAUUGCCUUUUCUUGGUUGGAUCUCAAACAGAAGGCCCAGGCUCCAUUAAAUGACCCCUGUGCAUGUGCCUCUUUUAUGGGUUUGAAGCCUUCCACUAGUAAAUACCAUCUUGUACGAGCAAUAUUGGAGUCCAUAGCUUUCAGAAACAAACAAUUAUAUGAGGUAAUGCAGAAAGAGAUCCAUAUUCCUGUGACAAAUAUCCGGGCAGAUGGAGGAGUUUGUAAGAACAGUUUUGUCAUGCAGAUGACUUCAGACCUGAUUAAUGAGAAAAUAGACAGACCUGUUCACCUGGAUAUGUCGUGCCUCGGUGCAGCUUCUCUAGCUGGCCUUGCUGUUGGGUUUUGGACUGACAAGGAGGAACUAAAGAAACUGAGACAAAGUGAAACAGUUUUCAAGCCGCAGAAGAAAUGGCAGGAAUAUGAAAUGAGUAUGGAAAACUGGGUGAAGGCAGUGAAACGCUCCAUGAAUUGGUAUAACAAGACAUAGCACCAAACAGAAUGGCUGAAACAGCAGAUGGCUGCAUGUGACAUGCAGAUGAGACAAGCUCAGGAAUGCCAAUACAAUGGGGACUGAGAGGAGAUUUAAUGAGCUUCACAACUGGAGAGAAAAAAACACUGAUUUUUUUUUUUUUUAAACAACAAUAAACUGAAUUUUUAAAACCUC